CCGCUGUGAGCUGCGGCUGCGGUUCCGCCGGGAGAUCGCCGUCGGUAGGAGCUUCCCCGGGCUGCCCCCCUGGAGCUGUGCGGCGAUGGAGACCCUGCCCGAGCUCUACACCAUCUUCCAGGGAGAGGUUGCUACAGUGACAGAAUAUGGAGCCUUUGUCAAAAUCCCAGGCUGCAGGAGGCAAGGCCUUGUGCACAGGACUCACAUGUCCUCCUGCCGUGUGGAUAAGCCCUCAGAGAUCGUGGAUGUUGGAGACAAGGUGUGGGUGAAGCUGAUAGGCAAAGAGAUGAAGGAUGGCAAAGUGAAGCUCUCCCUCUCCAUGAAGGUUGUUAACCAAGGCACAGGAAAGGAUUUGGAUCCCAACAACGUUUCCCUUGAUCAGGAUGAGAGGAAGAAACGCACCUUCAGAGACUACACCAGCCAGAAGAUCACACUUGAAGCUGUCUUGAACACUGUCUGCAAGAAAUGUGGCUGCAAAGGUCAUUUUGCCAAGGAGUGUUUCAUGCAGCCUGGAGGUACCAAAUACAGCCUGAUUCCAGAGGAGGAGGAAGAGGAAGUGACAGCAGCAGGAUGUGAAAGAGAGAAGAAAACCAACGUGGCUGAGGAUUCCUCAAGGAAAAGGAAAAAGGAGAAGAAGAAGAAGAAGAAGCAGCACAAGAACAAAGACUCCUCCGAGUCGGACUUGGACAGCUCCGACUCAGACAGCUCCAGCAAGAGGAGCAAACACUCAGAGAGGCACAGCAAGGCUCAGAAGAAGAAGAAGAAGAAGAAGCACAAGAAGCAGUCCCGGGACUGAGAAGCAGGCAGGUGGAGCUUUGGCACCCUGAGUCCCUCCUGGUACGUGGCACAGGGAGCAGACAGAACCAAACCCGUGCAAGCCUUUGCUCCAGGGACCAGGAAUUGCCCUCUCCCAGCAGUGUCUCUGGUGUGUGGCCUUAGUGGUGCUGGCUUUGAGACCAGCUGCCCCAUGCAGGCUGCUGGUUUGUCCCCAGACUGGCUCUUUACACCCCUCCAUCAGCAGCUCUCCCAGCCCAUAGCCUCAUGCUGAGCUGGGCACGCUGCCACCAGUGCCACCAGCAUGGCAUCAGCCCCCAACCAGCCAGUGGAGCUGCACAGCUGUGCUCUCCCUGCCCAGCAUGGGGACAGGAGUGGCUGUUGCUGAGCCCUGCCAUGGAGCUCUGUGUCCCCAGACAGUGCCAGCCUGGAGCUGCUUGGCUUUGGGCUGCAAACCUGCCCCCAGCCUGGCUGCCAGCUUGGGGAGUGGAGGAGUAAGAAGCAAACUGGGGAGCAGAGAUACUUCCAGUAAACAUUAACUGUGCUGUGUUUGCUGCCUUGGGGAAGGGAUGGGAAAUGAAGCUCCCCCACUCCCCACUUGCA